CUUUCCGCAUGUAAUUCUUUAUGUCAUCAGGCGGUCCAAUUGGCAACGCAACAACCCCCUGAAAAGGCCGUGUCGCAACCAGGGUCAACAACAAAACACCGGCCCCACCACUCUUCACAUAAAAGGCACUCAAAUCUCCGGGAAACCCGCCUGCUCUGCUCCAUUCGGUCACUAUCAGGAUGUCGACGCGUCGCCAGGCGAUCUCAUUGUACAGGAAUCUCCUGCGCGAAUCGGAGAAGCUGCCCUCCUACAACUUCAGGAUGUACGCUGUCCGCAAAAUUAGGGACACAUUCCGUGCGAACAGGAGCAUCCGGGACUUCGGGGAGAUUGAUCGGCAAAUGGCCGCGGGGCAGCAGAAUCUGGAGCUGAUUCGUCGCCAGGUGAUCAUCGGCCACCUGUACAGCGCUGACAAGCUGGUCAUAGAGAACAAGAAGACCCUGAAGCCCUCGGACGACUGAGGGAAUGCGAGCGAGGAGCGAGAAGCGAUAAGCGGUAGCUGAGGACAGUACAAUAGCAGGGAAGGAUCGGAAGCAGGCGCAGGAGGAGGAGGAGGCACCUUCACGCAAAGACACAACUCGAAAGACUCGACCCACACACAAAACACCACAUACUUAGUUGAUUCUAUACACCCGCUGCACUUUGCAUCCAUCAAAACCAACGAACCGAAAUCAUUUGCUAGCAAGAACACCAAUUUAAUGUUAUGUUUAACAACAAAUAUGAAAUUAUAUAUACGUACAUAUA